CCCCCUCCCGCCACCCCUCACCUCUCACCCUCUCUCUCUCUCUGGCGACCAUGCCGACCGAAGCCUAGGUCUUCCCUGCCGCCGGCCGCGCCCCUGGUCUAUCUCGCCGCCGGCCUGCUACCCCGGUGUACCUCGCCGCCGCACGCGAACUUUUAGGGUUUAUGGGUUGGAAUUAGAUUCAACUUUAGUUAAUUUGGUCUGUUAUUAUCCCAGAAGCUGCAAUGGCGGAAAUUGAAAAGCCGAAUAUCCAGAAGGCUACAUCAAGUGAUUACUGGAGUUUGGCCAGCAACCUGUAUCCAUCUGGUAAAUUUCCUAAGGUAUCAAUUGGCAUCCCAAUUCCAAGGCCAGGUUCUGUAUCAAGAAGCAGAGAUGCUGCUACUGUCCCUGCAUUCGAGAGGAACCCGUCUCAGGGAACUGAUGGAAGAUCUAGACCCCUGAAAGGUUAUAGUGCUUCAUUCCGGGUCUCACAAGAAGCUGCAAACCAUGGCGGAUCUGCUACAGAGGCACCCGAAGCCGCCCCUGUCAAGGCUUCUCUAUCACAACCUGAUGACCAUGCACGUGAGCAAACCAGAACCUUUUCCUUUGGAACAAGAAAAGAACAAGACAGCCAGCUCGACCAACUGCAAGAGACGCCCUUCGUGAAUUCACAAGGAAAGCGCCAAGUGGAAUCUGCAGAUAAAACCAAACCCAACAGCGAAGUUCUCAGGAUGAAGCUGUGGGAGAUCCUUGGUACAUCACAAACCAAGCAGACUGUUGCUUCACCAAACCCUGAAGACAAUGAGACACCUAACCAACCUAAAAGUUUAACUGCCAAUGGACCAUCUUCAGGGAACAAGAAGGUCUACACAUCACCUUUUCCUGAUAAUAUCAAGACACCUGAUCUGCUGAACUGUCAAACAGCUACCUAUGCAAAGAGUAAACCAUCCUCUGAUCCAAUUGAGUCAGAUUCUGAUACUCCACAAGUAGUUGAAAUAAGGCCUGUUACUCGCACCUUGGGUCGCAAGAAAGCACCAGCAGCCUCCAAGAAGCAGGAUAAGAGCCAGAGUGCAAAGAAACCAUUGUCUACUUCAUGUUCUGCACCCAAAAAGAAAACACUGGACAAUGUAUUUAUUAUUGAUGAGAAAUGCACAUCCAAAACUGCGGGGAAAUCUGCAAUUGGUAACUCUGGCUGCUUGAGAAAUCUUAGAAGCUCAACUAGGAAGGCUAAAGUAGAGCUUAAGAAGGUCCAUUGUUCUGACAUGAUUUCUGACGAGAUCACACCGGAUGAUAGGGGAGGACAGCUAUCUUCUAGAAAUGCACCAUCAGAGAAUAAAGGAGAGAAAACCACCUCCUUUUCUUCUUUGUCACGAACUGGGAAAACUGCUGAGAGCUGUUCUAGAAGCCCUACAAGGGAGAAACGGCUGAAUGGAAUGGCUAAAGUUGGGCCUCAGAAGAUGCAGUUUUCAGAAAAGUUGCUGCCCACGACACUGAAUGCGGGUGAAGAUAAGCUCUCUUCUCAGAAUAUUUCAUCAAAGAGCAAGGAAAAUUAUUCUUCAUUGCUGCACCGCAAGGAGAAUGCUAAUUUGAGCAAAGCUUCAGACAGAAGCCCCCAGGCACAUAAAGCAGCGGGAAAUAAUUUUAACUCGCCACCAUCUGGUGCUGCUAGUGCAUCACCUGAACCGAAAAUGUACCCAUGGGACAAUGAGGCAAAUCCCCAGGUAAAUGGUAAACUUGGAGAGAAGUUUGCCAGUCCAUUGGCAGGCAGAUUCAGAGACAUGCGAGAUGACUUUGUGAGUCCUACUUUUGCAACUAAUGUAAAUGGCUACCGCGAUAGAAGUGAAAUGCUACAUGAUGACACAUACAGCCCCAAGUAUCCAAAAAGUGUGAACAGGUCAAGAUCAAGUUCCUAUGCUUCUGAUCCAGGGUCUGAGCCAUUGGACGGGAUGGAUAAAACCGAUGAGUUACGUAACAGUGGAUCUCCUAAUCCUCCAGAAGAAAGCGAGGACAAAAAACAACCAAUUCUUUCACCCAUUCUGCCAACUGAAGAUGAAAUGGCUCAACUUUCUAUUCCAAGCUUUGGGAAAGGAUAUAAAUCUCGCAAAUGGCUUUCAGAUGUAGACAGCCCUGAUAAAUCUCCUCCAGAAAAUCUGGAUAGGAAGUCACAUCUAAAAGAGGGUAGAAGAGGCAAACGGCGCUUGCCUUCGCCAAUUCCUUUUGCCACUUCUGUUCAUUCAGGAACACAAGAAACUGUAAUGUCAGACAAAGAACCAGUGCAAUGCCCAGAUGACUACCUAACCAGGGCUUUUGAUCAGUUACUGCUGGUGCUGGGAAGGUUUCAAACCAAGAUCAAGUCUGAAACAAGAAACAAAAGUUCUGAGAUACUGGCAGGUACUGGAGAGAUAAUACGCCAGCACCUCGAGGGAGUUGAGGUGCAGAUGCAGGAUGAUGUGGAUAAGCUGGUCAAUGCAGGAAAAUCUAAAAGAAAGCGACUAGAAUCAACAUUUGAAGAGCAACAAGAACAGUUAAGGGUUCUUCAUGAGAAGUUUAAGGAGGAGGUUAAUCAGCAGUUGCUUGGUUGCAAGAACUCUCUUGAGGAAUUUGAAGCCUAUCACGCAGAGCUGAAGGGAGUAGCUGACAAGCAAAAAGCAUCACACAAGAAGCUCGUCCAACAUGCUGAGAGAACAGUUGCUUCUCAGCUCAACGACGCUGAAAUCAAAAUCUCGGAGGUUCAGAAGAGAGCCCGGAAGAAGAUGAAUGGCCUAAAACACGUACUCAAGGAGCUCAUCACCGAAACUGCAGAUUGGUCAAGUUCACCGCUACACAAGUAGAUAGAUAGAAGGCGAAACCAGUAGGGCACCAUGUCACAAACAGGUCCACGGCUCCAUUUUACAAAGGGUAUAGAAGGAUGGUGCCAGAACACAUGUAGAGUUCCUUACUUCCUUUGCUUACAGUUGCAGUUUGAACUCUGCCUUAGUACGAGCCUAUAUCCAUAAAUCUCCAUAGCAUCGUUUCACCUUCUCUACCAUUUUGAGUCGGUGACUCACUAACUUACCACCCAUUCAGGUUCCCUCUAGUAGUGUCUUAAACCAUGACGCAUUUCUUCAAUGAAUCGUUUCCUGACUUGAGUAAUGUAACAAUCCAGUACAAAAUCGCAAAUGUGCCAUGUGAACGCGAUAAUUAAAUCGAGUGUACUCGUCUGGUGGCA